CGACGAAAACAAUCACCAAACCAAAAAUCUAAACAAGAGAAAUAUAAGAAAUAUGGGGAAAGAGAUUUCCGUCAACUGGCAGUUUAGUGGUAGCGAAGCAGCCAAAAAGGCUUCAGCUGCCACCCUAGGCAGUUACACCUCUAGAAUCAUGGCUCUGUGUGACCCUAAUGUAAAAUCCAUUUUGCCUCCUCUAAGUGAAGCCCCCGAGACUUCCUUUGCCGCUAAGAAGGCAGUUGUUGAAGCUGUCCUUAACGAUACUGGAAACGCCUAUGCUCCAAGUAUUGGCCUUCCCGCGGCUAAAAGUGCUGUGGCAGAGUAUCUAAGUCGAGAUCUUCCGAAGAAAUUGACUGCAGAUGACGUGUUUAUGACCGUUGGAUGCAAACAAGCCAUUGAGCUUGUAAUUGAAAUCUUGCAUACAUCGAAUGCCAACAUCUUGCUUCCGAAGCCAGGCUUUCCAUGGGAUAUGGUCCACGCAAUCUACAAUAAAUUUGAGGUUCGUGAAUAUACUUUCCUCCGCGAAAAGAAUUAUGAGAUCGACUUUGACAGCGUGCGUGCGCUUGUGGACGAGAACACGUGUGCGAUACUUAUUAUUAACCCACACAAUCCUAAUGGGAACACGUACUCUGAAGCUCAUCUUAAGGAGAUCGCAAUUGCUGUUAAGAAUUUUCUGUCGAUAGAUGAUAAACCACCAACUGUUAUCCAGGCAGCUAUUCCCACCAUCUUGGGGGAAACUCAUAAAGAGUUCUUCGAGAUGAGGCAGAUUUUUCUGAAAGCGAAUGCGGAGUUUUCCUUUGCUAAGCUCAAAGACAUACCAGCCCUAACCUGCUACUUGAAAACUGAAGCCUGUACCUUCUUAUGGACCGAGCUGAACUUGUCACUGUUUGCGGACAUUGAAGAUGAUGAAGAAUUCUGUGAAAAGCUUGCUACUGAAGAAUGCCUUGUCCUCUUACCAGGGAUUGCUUUUGGUCUAAAGAACUGGGCGAGGCAUUCUAUCGACAUGGAUAUUUUCGCUUUGGAGGAUGCAUUUGCAAGACUGAGAAGCUUCUUCAGUCAAAGCCGUCAAUGGUGUCAAGUAAAAAAGGUCAAUAUGGAUCUUUGCCUAAGACUUUUUACAUAUGCUAUAAAAAUAAACGUGUGUUUUAUUGAUCUGAGAUAAGUCAUGAACACAUUCGUAAAGUACUUGUAUUUAAUAAAAUUGGUGUACUUAUCACCAACCAUGUAAUGUUUUCUACUAAUAAAAUUGGUGUACUUAUCACCAAUAACCAUGUAAUGCGUUCCUACUUUUCAAUAAAUAAAAUUAAGAAUUUAUCUUU